AUGCUCGCCGUACCUACGCCCUCUACAUCGCGCUUCCAGCGUUCGUUGUACGAUGUGGACCGCACCAAGCCCUCUCCGUUCGCAUGGACAUCGGACGGGCGAACGCGCCGCUACGUGCGCAGGAUGGGUCUGAUCGAGUCGUUUUUCAACACCAUGGCCACGCUGCAUGAGGGACGCACCGACAUCUUCUACCGCAUUCCUCUCAGCUGUCCCACUCAGGCGUAUGAACAUCUCGCGCGACGCCUGCCGCUUGUGUGGGCGAUCCUCUGCCGUCGCCACCCGCUGCUGGGCGCUCACGUCGAGACGCUCACACCGGACGGCACCCGCAUCGAUGCGCAGCAGGCCGCAGCUACUCGCCACACGGGCGAAGCCGCCGACGACGGCUCGAUCUCGUUCGAGCCGCACUUCGUCUUUGAUGCCAUUGCCUCGGCCUCGGAUCUGCUCGAAAGCGCGUCCAAGAGAGUCGCCUUCCUGCCGCCGACAUGGUGCGACGACCCGGAGCUGCGAGCUUAUGCACGAGGCUCCAACGCGACUCGAAGCGGCCUGGUGGUGAGCUGGCUCGACCGCUAUGUGUGGAACGACAAGCGCCGCUUCCUCGAACAACACACCCCCUUUGGACUUGCCCAGCUUAUCCUGCUCCCACCAGCCGCAACAGACACUGCAACGGACAGCGUCGACUUUGACCUGAUGCUGUGCUCCGCACAUUGCAUCUCGGACGGGCUUAGCAUCUCGGACCUCGCCGGCGAGUUGGUGCGUCUCCUCGCCUCCUCUGAGCUUCCGAUACAGCUUCACGAGCUCGAGCAUCGUACCGAGCCGUCGGUAGGGGUACCAGGCCUCAGCACGGCGAGAUACGCUCAGGUCAGCUCUCAGAUGAAGCACGCCGUUCGGACCGGCCUGCUGUGUGGGCGACACCAAGACGGCGGCCCCAACGAUGAUGGAGCUAUCGAAGACGCCGAUUGGACGGCGCUGCUGCCUGCUCCCAUCGAGGCGGCGUAUCCGGAGCUACUUCCGUCAGCAGCCUCGACGGCGGGCGCAGCAGGAUCCGGUGCCGAGCGGUCGAGGCUAGCACGCGCGCGGUGGUUCUGGACUAUUCGCCGGGUUGUCGUGCAGAUCCGCGCCGCCAAGGCAGAGAGCGCGGUGCUGUCGGACUUCAAGGCAAACCGCACAGACAAGUCGGUCGAAGAGCCAUGGUGGGGCGCACAGACGAGGUGGUCGGCUGUACGCCUGUCUGCAGAGGAUACAUCGGCUUUGACGCGAGUCGCUAAGCGCAAGGGCGUCCGAGUCGGAUCGCUGCUGUACUCGGUCGCUGCUUGUGCACUCAACACGCUCGAGCUCACGCAUACACCGCCAGGAAGCCGCAGCGAGGAGCCCACCUCGACGGUGAUGGGCUUCCCCUUUUCCAUCCGAAGGUUCCUCGCGCCUGCCGCAGCUGAGACGCACGAUCCUCUACUCGUGCCAUCAAGCCUGGGCGUCAAACUCAGCUUCAACGGCAUCGGUCUACCACCUGCCUCGCUCUUCUCGCUCAACGCAUGGCCCAGCGGUGCAACCAGGCAGGUGUUGUCGUUGAGCGGCUUUGAAUGCGCGCAGCUCUGGCAGACGGCGCGCCAGGUCCAGCGGCAAUUCAAUGCCAUCUUCCACGAGCCACGCUUCAUGCACGCCGACGGCUUCCUCACGGCGCUGGAGCGCGAGAUGCGCUUCCGCAAGAACGGCGUCAAGGACGUCUUCCAGGUGUUCAAGGACGAUGCGCCCGCUGGUGCCGACGAGCGCACGCCCGGUCUGGCCAAGAAGAACAUGCAGGGCCCCGGCUCGUCGCUCAACUUUAGCAUGGUCGGUCUGCUGGACACUGCGCUGCCAUCGCGGCUGGAGUUCGUCGUACCAUCGGCCGACGUCGCACAAGCACAUCAGGCGGUGCUCGAGGUGCGAGACGAUCUUCUGUUUGGUGUGCGCACAAGAGCCGGCGAGGCGUUCGGCACAUCGUUCACCUUCCGCGGCCAGCUGAACCUCGAGUUGGGACACGACACGGUCGUGUGGGAUACGAACAAGGUGCUCGACUAUCUCGGUCUCAUGAAGACCAUCUUGGAGGCGCUGGUGGCCGCUGACGAGGCGCGGUGGAAGGAAGGCAAGCUGGAAAAAUAA